AUGGAGGAUAUGAUUGAUGAUAUUAGAGAAGACAAUUUUAAAAGCGCACAACUGUAUGAGUCAUUAAAAGAUGAUUCAGAAAAAUCUUUAUACCCCGAUUGUACAAGAUUCAUGCGUUUGUCAGCAAUAUUAAAAUUAUUUAACAUCAAGGCAAGAAAUGGGUGGACCGAUAGAAGUUUCACUGAAUUUUUUGAAUUAUUGCAUGAAAUGCUCCCAGAGGGGAAUAUAUUGCCAACCCGGCACUAUGAAGCAAAGAAGAUACUAUGUCCGAUGGGUAUGGAGUACCAGAAAAUACAUGUUUGUCCAAAUGAUUAUAUAUUAUAUAGAAAAGAGUUUGAAACAUUGACUAAGUGUCCAAGAUGCAGGGUAUCACGAUUCAAAGUGAAGGAUGAUGACGUGGAUGAAGAUAACAUGAAGAAGGGCCCUCCUGCAAAAGUGUUAUGGUAUCUUCCAAUCAUACCACGAUUUAAACGUUUAUUUGCCAAUGUUAAUGAUGCAAAAAACCUUGUUUGGCAUGCAAAUGGAAGAAAGCGUGAUGGAUUGUUACGACACGCAGCUGACUCACCUCAAUGGAAGAAAAUUGAUACUCUUUAUCCACAGUUUGGGAGUGAUCCAAGAAAUUUGAGGCUUGGUCUUGUAGCAGAUGGGAUGAAUCCUUACGGUAAUUUAAGUACCAAGCAUAGUUUGUGGCUUUUUUUGUUGAUCAUUUACAACUUGCCUCAUUGGUUGUCUAUGAAGAGAAAAUACAUGAUGUUAUCAAUAAUGAUAUCAGGACCAAAGCAACCAGGAAAUGAUAUUAAUGUUUACCUAACUCCAUUGAUAGAAGAUUUGAGAUUGUUGUGGGAUGAAGGAGUGGAGGUGUUUGAUGCACAUGGAAAUGACAAUUUCAAUGUGCGAGCUUUGUUAUUUUGCAUAAUCAAUGACUUUCCGGCAUAUGGAAACUUAAGCGGUUAUAGUGUGAAGGGACAUUAUGCUUGUCCGAUAUGUGAAGAAAACACAAGUUAUCAUCAACUCAAACAUGGCAGGAAGACAUGUUACAUUGGUCAUCGAAAAUUUCUAAGACGUAAUCACCCAUAUCGUAGGUUGAAAAAGGCUUUCAAUGGAUUUCAAAAGGAUAAAAUUGCACCUCCACCCUUAACUGGAGAAGAAGUUUAUGAGCGAGUGUGUCAAGUCAAUGUGACAUUUGGAAAAAUACUAAAGAAACCUAUCAUGAAAAACAUUUGGAAGAAAAACUCAAUAUUCUUUCAACUUCCAUAUUGGGCCAAAUUAGAUGUCAGGCAUUGUAUUGAUGUAAUGCAUGUGGAAAAGAAUGUUUGUGAUAGUAUAAUUGGGACAUUGCUUAACAUUAAAGGGAAAACAAAGGAUGAUGUAAAUUCUCGUAAAGAUCUAGUUGAGAUGGGUCUUCGCUUGGAGUUACAACCACAAGCUUAUGGUAAAAGGACUUAUUUGCCUCCAGCAUGUCAUACUUUGUCAAAAGUUGAGAAGAAAAGUUUUUGUGCAUGCCUCCGCGAAAUGAAAGUACCACAAGGAUACUCUUCAAAUAUUAAGAGUCUUGUUUCAAUGGAAGAUUUGAAACUUGUUGGCUUGAAAUCUCAUGACUGCCAUGUUCUCAUGCAACAACUUCUCCCAGUGGGUAUUCGUGGCAUCUUACCUAUGAAUGUAAGACAAGUCAUCACUCAUCUAUGCAUAUUUUUUAAUAGUAUUUGUCAGAAAGUAAUUGAGCCAAACACAUUAAAUGACUUGGAAAAUGAAGUUGUCAUUAUCUUAUGUCAACUAGAAAUGUAUUUCCCUCCUUCAUUUUUUGACAUCAUGGUCCACUUAAUAGUCCAUCGAGUAAGGGAGAUUAAAAUAUGUGGCCUUGUGUUUUUAAGAUGGAUGUACCCAGUUGAGCGAUAUAUGAAGAUAUUGAAAGGGUAUGUGAAGAAUACUUAUCGACCAGAAGCAUCUAUUAUUGAGAGAUAUAUUGCUGAGGAAGCAAUUUAG